AUGAAUCCUUUUGGUUGUUGUCCGCUGAGGGCAGCGCAGGAAGUGAUGGCAGUGCCGCAAGAUGCUGAAGAGCCUGUCUGUCCUGAAAACUUUCGAAGUAAGUUGAGGGAAGGAUCUUUCACAGUGCCGGAUAUUUCUACAAAAGUCUACAAGGAGGAAUGCACAUACUGUUUUCGUACACCAUUCUUCACAGGUGGCUUGUUUGUCUGCUUGAAAACUUAUGCUUGCUUCUGUUUCACUCACGUAGGCGUAUAUGCCGAACAGUCGCGAAACACGUUGUUUCUUCAUAUUUCAAGCAAGAAAGUGAAUGUGGAAUCCGAAGAAGAGUCGGACGGAGAACCGAAGGAUAAGAUCACUCGUCUCGCUAUUGGAAUUGAUAGCGGAUUUGAGGCGAAGAAAUUCGAUGUGCUUGACAACUAUUCGCUGGUGUCGUUUCCUCAUAUAAAUGCAAAGUGUCCGAUAGACGAGAAACUUGGCGCUGAUCUCUAUGGAACCUGCCAGUAUGUAAUCAGCGCGACAAGCGCUGAACGUAUAGCGUUACUACAAAAUGCAAGCAAUGCAUGGGAUGGAGAGAUAAAACAAGUCACCAAACAUGCCAAUUUGGUUCAAGUGGAAAAUAGGAAGAAGAUUCCACUAACUGGUUGGAAAUGCGAGGCUGAGGGUUGUAGUUUGAGCGAAAAUCUGUGGUUGAAUCUGACAGAUGGUGCCAUCAGGUGUGGUAGAAGUCAGUUCGUUGCUGAAGGGCAAAUGUGUAAAGGAAACAACCAUAUGAAGCAGUAUUAUGAUGCAACUGGAUUCCCGCUGGUUGUAAAAUUAGGUACUAUAUCGAGUGACGGGACGGCUGACGUCUUCAGCUACGAUGAAGAUGAUGCAGUCAUCGAUCCUAAUCUAGAAAAACAUUUGGCCCAUUUCGGAAUUGAUGCAAGAACGUUGAAAAAGACUGAGAAGAGUACAUUGGAGUUAGAGCUCGAUAUGAAUCAAAAGUGGGAGUGGGCAAAAUGUCAGGAAGAUGGAGCAAGCCUCGAGAGCAUUUUUGGCUCAGGCUACACUGGCUUGAUUAACAUCGGUUCGAGCUGCUAUAUGAAUUCUGUUUUGCAAUCGCUAUUUAUCGUGCCCUCAUUUGUUACGCGAUUCGUCGACGGUGCUGGUCCCAUAUUGGCUCGAGUACCACCGCUUGAUGUACACACGGACUUUAAUGGACAGGUUGCGAAACUGUUUUCAGGCAUGGCAAGUGGUGAUUAUGCUGUGGAAAACAGUGAUCUGAAUGGAAUCAAACCUUCUCAGUUCAAACGUAUUGUUGCUGGUUCUCAUCCAGAAUUUUCUUCGAGUCGUCAACAAGACGCUGAGGAGUAUGUUCGAUUUCUCCUAGAUAAGAUUUCUUCUAAUACACCGGUUGAAGUUCGGGAUCCUACUUUAUCAGUGAAAUUUAAAAUGGAAAGCCGUUUGGAAGACAUUGCGUCUGGAAUGGUUAGAUAUACAGAUAGGGAAGAAACCGUGCUUGCAGUGCCUAUUCCGAAGGUUGCGAUCAGAGCAGCUGACGUUGAAGGAGGGCGCUCUUCUGUUGCACUCUCAGAUUGUUUACAAGGAGUUUUUGAACCAGAUAUUAUUGAGGACUUUGUAAGCCCUGUCACUCAUGAGAAAAAGGGAGCACGGACUACUAUGCGUUUCCGAACUUUUCCAGAUUUUCUCUUUCUGCAAGCCCAGAGAUUCACAAUGUCCCCGGAUUUCUCGAUAAAGAAACUUGACCUUGAUUUGAUGGUUCCUGACGAGUUAGAUCUGUCUGGUUUGCGUGGGAUUGGCAAAAAAGAAAAUGAGGUGCUCCUACCUGAUGAAGUUGCAGCCGCACCUUCUCUGGCCUUACCAGAUUACGACAGAAAUAUCGUUGAGCAGUUAGAAUCUAUGGGCUUUACUCGAAAUGCUUCAAUCAAAGCUGCCAUUGAGACAGGCAAGAGUGGAGGGGUGGAAGCAGCUGCUGAAUGGGUGAUGCUUCGAUUAGAUGACCCUUCUUUGAAUGAUCCUCCUGGUGCAACAACCAAUGCAUCUGCAAGUGGACCAGCUCAUGUGGAAGGACUAGACGAGCUGAUCGCUUUUGGAUUUACUGCUCAUCAAGCGCGCUAUGCUCUUAACCGUAAUCCUGAUGCCAACGCUGCUGCUGAAUGGCUAUUUCUUCAUGCUGACGAGGUUCCACCCGAAUGUGGUGCUGCCGUUCCUGGCGAGAACACAACUCCCUUAGCAACAUCUGCAUCUAGAGAAUUUACUGAUGGAAGUGGCAAGUAUCGCCUUGUUGCAUUUAUUAGCCAUAUGGGAAGUAGCCCUCACUCGGGUCAUUAUGUUGUGCACGUGAAGAAAGAUGACAGAUGGGUACUCUUCAACGACGAGAAGGUAGCCAUAUCACAAAAUCCACCUCGUCAACUCGCUUAUCUAUAUCUUUUCCAGAGGGCUGAGUAG